AAAAAAUGUCUCUAAUUACAGAUGAGAUAAGAGCCAGUGCUACUGAGCUAUACCAUGGUGACAAAAUUUGCAAAGAGAAAUCAAGGUUUUUGCUAACAGAAGUUGGAUUGCCAAAUGGGCUUUUGCCCUUGGAAGAUAUUGAAGAAUGUGGGUAUGUCAAAGACACUGGUUUUGUUUGGCUAAGGCAAAAGAAGAAAAAGGAGCACAAAUUCGAAAAGGUUGGGAGGCUCGCGAGCUAUGCGAAUGAGGUGACUGCGUAUGUCGAAAAAUCCAAGAUUAAGAAGCUAACUGGUGUGAAGACGAAAGAAAUGAUGAUGUGGGUUAACCUUAGUGAGAUCACCGUUGAUGAUCCACCAACGGGGAAGAUCACUUUCAGAUCUCCCACGGGAUUAUUUCGGACUUUUCCUUCCGCGGCUUUUGAAGUCGAGGAAGAUAAAGAAGUCCAAGUGAAAGAGGUGUAACUGCUGGAUCCAGUCAGUUUGUCUUUGUGACUGAUUUUCUUCUUAUUUAUGGAUCUUAUUUUUAAUAACAUGAUUUCCAGUGGUUUAUGUUGGCUGA